AUGUGGCAAGCACAGGCCAGCAAAUCUUCUUAUGGAGAAUCUAUCAAAGCUCUUGAAGCUGACAUACAACAUGCCAAUAGCUUGGCAGCUGCUCUUCCCAAAGAUUAUGGUGGGAACUGCAUCCACAUGAGAUUAUCUUAUAGCCCCUUUGCCCCCAUUUUCCUUUACUUCAUUGAAUGGAUGGAUUAUAGUUGCACUGAUAUACUCCCCAAUUAUUAG